UCUUGAACUUCGAGAGUUAGAAAAAAAGCUAAAAUCUGCUUAUGUGAAUAAAGAGCGAGCGGCGCAGGUCGCUGAGAAAGAAGCGAUACAGUAUGAGAAAAUGAAACAUGAGGCUGAAAUAGCCCAAAAGAUGAAGGAAGAGUACGAGAGGGUAAUAAAAGAAGAAAGUGCUGCAGAACUGAAGCGAAACAAGGAGAAAAUAAUGUAUCAGCAAGAACUGGAGAAACAGGUCGAGGAACAAGAGAGGAAGAAGCAGGAUGCUUAUGAGGAGUUUCUAAGAGAGAAACUUAUGAUUGAUGAAAUUGUAAGAAAGAUCUACGAGGAAGAUCAAGUGGAAAAACAGCUGAAGUUAGAGAAAAUGAGAGCAACUCAUACAUACAUUGAAGAAUUUAAAAAAGAACAAGCUAUCUGGAGGAGAAGGAAACAGGAAGAGAUUGAAGAAGAAAAUAGGAAGAUUAUGGAGUUUGCCAACAUUCAGCGACAAAGAGAAGAAGAUUGGAUGGCUAAAGUUCGAGCCGCUGAGGAGAAAAAAGAAAGACUUCAAAGCAUGAUUGCCCAAAAUCUGGAAAGAGAACAACAGAAGCGUGAAGAACUGGAACAAAUACGACACGAGCUGUAUCUGGAGGAACAAGCGGAGACAGAAAGGAAGAAGGAGAUGGCAGAAAUCGAAAAGAGAACAAGGCAGCGCCUGGACUUAAGGCAAACAUACGAAGAGCAGUUGGCUUUAAAGAAGAUAGUGCGACAAGCUAUGCAAGAAGAGGAGGAAGCUUUCAGGCAACAGAUGUUGGCCAAGUUUGCAGAGGACGAUCGCAUUGAACAGCUGAAUGCUCAGAAACGAAGAAUGAAACAGCUUGAACACAGAAGGGCUGUGGAAAAACUUAUCGAAGACCGUCGCAAACAGUUUGUUGCAGAUAAAAAGCGUGAACUUGAAGAAAGAGAGUUAGAGCAGAGAAGACAAGAAAACAUCCGUUCAAUUGUUGAAGAAGAGAGACAGAAACUCCUGAAAGAGCACGCGUCUAAAUUACUGGGUUAUCUUCCUCGAGGAGUACUCAAAGAUGAAGAUGACAUUAACAUGCUUGGAGAGGAAUUCAGACUGGCUUAUCAGAAGAGGAGAGAACGGACAGUUUGGCCUGAAACUUCAGUAGAAAUUUGUAUUUCAUCUGAUAUUGCAACACAAGCUAUCAGGCUUAUAAAAGUUAAGUGA